AGAUUAUCCAAGACAGAAAGAGUAGACACCCAACAUACAAUGAAUAACGCGUUGGCCCAGAUCUUUGGAAAGACGGAAUACAAAGAGUCGGACAAGGAGGAGUUCAAGACUGACUUGAAGAGUCUGCACAAGCACGUCAAGGAGAAUGAUUUGAAGCGAUUGAAGAAGAUGCUGGCGUUGAAGCGCGCAAAGUACUUGUUGAACGCGGCCGAUGACAUUGACGGACAGACCGCCAUUAUGAUCGCAGCCAAGUCCAACAACAGCGAGGUGUUUGAUAUGCUGUUGAGCUCGUUCCGCGCGCUAAAGGUCGACCUGGACCACCCGGACAAGAAUGGCAACACCGCCCUGCAUCACUUCUUCUCGAUGGACGUCGAGCCGCGCCUGCUGCUCACGCUGCUUGACCAGGAGGACGUGCACGUCAACAGCGUGAACCGCGACCUCAACACGCCCUUCCACUACUUUUGCCAGAAGUUCAAGUCGGCGUCAGCCGUCAAGGAGGUCUUUGACAAGCUGGUGGCCAAGAGCGCCGACAUCAAUGCCACCAACCGCAAUGGCGAGUCGCCCCUGCACAAGGCCGUCUUUAACAACGCGUUGGCGCCAACCAUGCUCACACUGCUGCUGGAAAGCCAUGCCAACGUCAACAUCACCAACAAGAACGGCGAGUCCUGUUUGCACUACUGCGUGCGCAUGGGUCGCACGGACCUCGUGGCCAUCCUCCUGCGAUAUGGCGCGGACAAGACCACGGUGGUCGACAACGAAACACUCUUUGAUCUGGCCAUGAAGUUGAACUUUACCAAGCUGGCCGACCUCCUAAGGGAUGGUGUCGAUGUCAACUCACACACAGAUGGAUCGACAACAGAGUUGAUCAUAUUGUUACAGAAUCCAACGUUGCGCGAGGACUUUAGGACGUUCUUGCGAGAGGAUUUGAUAUGCGAGGAGAAUGUGUCAUUCUGGCUGGACGUCGAGUCGUUCAAGACGAUGAAGCCAGACUCGGCACUGCGCGUCUUUAAGGAGUUCUACAGGAUCUACGACAAGUACAUCACAGAGAGCUCGCCCAACGAGAUCAACAUACCCUACUCGAUCAAGAAGGAGAUCAAUACCUUCCUCAAGUCUCUGCCGCCAAUGAACGAGUUGCUCGACAGUCUUGCCUUGCUACCGAUAGCAAACAUCCCACCGACACCAUCACCGCGCUUCUUUAGCAACAACAAUACCAACACCAACUCGCCCAUACUGAAUAGUGGCAACAACAACACCAACACCAACUCCAACUCCAACAACACUGCCGCACCGACGUCUGCAUCACCAUCCGUGCAAUCAACGGCCAAUCCAACACCCAACGCCAACUCACAAUCAGCAUCACCUCCUCAACCCUUUUCAAUCUCCUUCUCCACAACAUCAACAUCCACUCAAUCUAUCACCUCCACCAACAACACCAACACUAAUAAUCCAACUCUGCCAACUAUCCCGACGAUCAUAACGACAGAGGCUGUUGUAGCUACAUCACCGACGACUACAUCAACAACUCCAACAAUAACAACAACAGCAGCAGCAACAUCCUCAACCGACUCAACAACAAUCACCUAUGAUUGCUCCAAAGCGCAGUCUAUUUACAACACAGCACAACAGCAUAUCUUUAUGUUGAUGGCCACUGACUCUUUGUCCAAGUACAAGAAGAGGGCAAGGAAGAGUAGCUCACAU